UCCACUUGAUGUUCAGUUUCAGUUGAUGCUUUAUCAAGAUGGAAAUGGCGAGAAUCCCGCUAUUGGUACUGUUAUUCUUCAUGCGUCAGUCAUCAGCUGACCCCCACUGUUUCUGGUCAUCAGACGACGGUCGUUGUAUUGACUGUCACAUGGGCUGGUAUGGGGACUACUGCAACUACAAAUGUCCCGGCAACUGCGACAUCGGCGGAUGUCACAGGGACACCGGGAUAUGUAUACAGUGCAACGCUGGUUAUCAUGGCAUCAACUGUACAGUAACUUGUCCCGCCAACUGUAGAUACAGUCACGGUGAUAAGCCAUACUGUAGCCGGGAGACAGGGCACUGUCAGGAAAACUGUCUAGAAGGCUGGUGGGGAAAGAAGUGUGAAAACAGAUGCAGUGACAGAUGCAUAAACAACUCCUGCUACUUCUGGGACGGGUCGUGUGCUAGAGGAUGCAGGGAUAGUUGGGCCGGGGACAGUUGUGACACCAGGUGUCCAGGGGGGUGUCAUGGUGACACAUGUGAGAGGUACGGCAGCCACAAGUGCACACAAGGAUGUAAACACGGUGUUCACGGACAUCACUGUGACAAGCAGUGUAACAGACACUGUAGACAUCAGGACUGUUUCUAUGACCACGGUAUGAAGUCUACAGUCUGCAGACAGGGCUGUGUGGAUGGCUGGAUGUCCCUCGACUGCAAGAUGAAGUGUCCUGGUAACUGUGAGGCAUGUUCUCAAGAGACUGGGGAAUGUUCCAGAUGCAAGCCAGGCUACUGGGGAUCUGACUGCACUAGACCAUGUAGUGACACCUGUGCCAACAAGACAUGUGACAGAGGUGGUGGAAGAUGCUCUGGUUGUAUACCUGGUUACUAUGGAAACACCUGUGAUACGGGUUGUGGGGCUGACUGUAUGAGAUGUCUCCAGGUGGACGACGGCUGUGGAUGUAGGGAGGAAUGCCACACGAUGUGUCUGCAGCAUCAUCAACGGGGAGGGGCAUGUGAGGAUGUAGACGGAGGAGGGGAAUACAAUACGAACGGAUCACAGAGAUGUGCAGUUGAAGACAUACUGUUUACAUUAUCUGUAGGUCUGCUGGUUCGACAUCGACUUCUUCAAGACUUGAUAUAACCAACACGUGACAUGUUCUGGUGACACCGGACGGUUUGCUGAUACUCGUCACCAUAGGUCAUGGCAGCAAUGAUCCUUCGGUUGCAAGCUUGUUGUUCUACAACUUCACCUUCACAAGCAGGUUUCAUGGCAUAAUCUGCUUUAUCAUACUAUUAGCUACGGGAUAAAUCGCUAAGGACAAUGAUGAGCUAGUCGUGGUUUAUUUUACGAUAAGGCAUUGUCUUAUUAUGACCUUCUAGAAAAGUAAAGAUUCCCUCGCAACUCGAUGACGUUGAAAAAUCGUGGACGCUAUUUUGGAGACGGUAAUGAGUGGUUUGGCUUAGAUGUAGCCUGGCAAAUUGGCUAACACAGAUGAAUGCAUUCAAUAAUUUUGAAUUGUGAGAAUAUUCAGGAAUAUCUCAAACUGAACUCACAGUUCAUAAAAUGGACUUGUCCGACAUUGCCAAGAUCGGAUUAUAUUCAGGGCGUGAUCAUUAUCUGAAUAGACACCUGUCGAUCCAUGCUUGUCGCAUGAGGCGAGUAUUGGCAUCGGUUGGUCAGGUUGGGUGAACUGGUCUUCUUUUGACAUGGUACCCACAUUGUGUAGAUCGAUGCUUAUGAUAUCAAUCACUGGAUUUUGAUCCAGACUAUUGUGGUUGUGAUUGUGAUUUGUACAGCGCGCAACCACAGACAAGCAUUAUUUGUAAAUAAUAAUUAUAAUGGUAAAUUCUAUUAACAAUCUGAAUGUUGUUGCAAAUAUUGUUGUCUCAUGUAAGAAAUAAAUAAUUCCUUGUGUUAUAUUUCGGUGCAUUUAAACACUACAGUGAGAAUUAACUACUCCAGACCGUCGUAUAUUUUCAUAAAUAAUUAGAACCAUU